UUACGAGCAAACGACCAAACAAAAUAGGAUUAUUUUUAUUGGUCAUUCCAUGGGUACCAGUAUUGCCGGAGUAUAUUCCUCCACACUAAAAGACCAUGCCAAAAAAUACCUUAAAAAAAUCGUUGUGAUCAGUCCUGUCAUAUUUAUGAAGAAUACUAGAGGUUUAUUACCAACAGUUGCACCUUUAGUUGAAUUAAUACUUCAAAAACUACAAGCCCUAGGACUAAACAGGUUAUUUGUGAAAGGUAGUUUGGAAAGAAUAAUAGUAGAAAAUAUUUGUGUACGUACAAAUAAAUUCCUGGGUAUUUGUAAUGCAUUGGUAAACUAUUUUAAUGGACCUUCAGACCAAAAACCAAGAGAUUUUUCUAAAGAAUUUCUUCGAGAGUGGCCUGAUGAUGUAUCAGUUAAAACCUUAAGGCAUUUUGCCCAAACGAUUUCGUCUGGAGGAAAAGCUCCCUUAUUUAAUUAUGGAGCUAAAUACAACAAUUACUUGUAUAAAAGUUCUGUGCCACCUGAAUAUGAUAUUUCAGGCAUACAAAUUCCAUUUCACAUCGUCUAUGGCGGAAGAGAUUCACUGGCUCCGAAAGAGGAUGCAGAACUUUUGUACAAUACCCUGACAUCAGAAAAAACUAUACAUGGAGUUCCACAUUUCAAUCAUGUUGAUUUCAUGUUCGCGAACAAUGUUGUCAAUGACUUUUUUGUGUAUCUGUUGGAAUUGUUAAAUAAAUAGCUUUAUACUUUUAUCAAAAAUAUUUCAAUUCGACAUUGAGUGCUUUCACGGAGCUUUUAAAAGUAUGUGUAUUUGUUCGCAUUUUGUUUUUAUCUUUGUGCGAAUAAAUAAUGAAUUUACUCAUCGACAAUCCCAGGUGUUCGAUAACUUUAUUUAAUUCCCUUUUCAAAUUGAAUUUGGCACAAUAUAAACUAAAAUGAAAUUGUGUAAUAAUU